CUUUGGGUCAUCAUGGCUCUUAUUUUGAGUCAGUGGAGCGAAGAACUCUGGGUAUAGCUCAGACCAGUCCAUAUCCUCUGGCUUCACAGGGCUAUUGGAGAGAAGACAGGAGAGACGUGAGAAGAUCCGGGUUCCCAGAGCUGGACGCGGUGUCCGCGCACUCUCUCGGCCAGAUGGCGGACACCCGCGCAGAUCCUGAAUCAGAGUCCGAAUCCGUGUUCCCGCGGGAGGUGGGGCUCUUUGCCGACUCUUACUCGGAGAAGAGCAGGUUCUCUUUCUGUGGGCACGUGCUGAGCAUCACACAGAACUUCGGCUCCCGCCUUGGAGUGGCCGCGCGAGUGUGGGACGCGGCUCUGAGCCUGUGCAACUAUUUCGAAAGUCAAAAUGUGGAUUUCCGAGGCAAGAAAGUGAUCGAACUGGGCGCGGGGACGGGCAUCGUGGGGAUCUUGGCUGCGCUGCAGGGGGGGGAUGUUACCAUCACUGACCUGCCCCUGGCCCUAGAGCAGAUCCGGGGCAACGUCCAGGCCAAUGUGCCGGCUGGAGGCCGGGCCCAGGUCCGCGCCUUGUCCUGGGGGAUUGACCAGCAUGUCUUCCCCGGAGACUAUGACCUGGUGCUGGGGGCCGAUAUCGUGUACCUGGAGCCCACCUUCCCGCUGCUGCUGGGCACCCUUCAGCACCUAUGCGGGCCCCAUGGCACCAUCUAUCUGGCCUCCAAGAUGAGAGAGGAGCACGGGACAGAGAGCUUCUUUCAGCAUCUCCUCCCCCAGCAUUUCCAACUGGAGCUGGCCCAGCGGGAUGAGGAUGAAAAUGUCAACAUCUAUAGGGCCAGGCACAGGGAACCAAGACCUGCUUGACAUCACCCUUCUGUUCCUCUGAACCCCUUGUCCUAAGAAAGAAGCUGCCAUAUCUCCAAAGCCAUAAACACAAGGAAGAAAAGUAUGGGUUUCCCUCGCCUCUCUCUUUCCUCCUUUUUUGUCCCCCCCCCUCCCCCCCCCCCCGCCCCGAUGCUCUUAGGCAAGCGCAGGAAGGUGCCUGCUUGCUAGGAGUCUCAGAGCCCUAACAGCACUGGGUUAGAGCACAAAGGAAGUCCCCAGCUCUUGUUCUCAGAGGAGGAAGAUAGGAGGGUGUCCAGGAUUUCUAAGGGCAGGGGAGGCAAAUGGGAGGUGAGAGCAGUGGCUGCAGAGAGACUGUCACUGAACCUUUCUGGUCCUGCUCCAGGAGGAUGGAUUCCAGAUUCUAAUGGAAUUUCUUUUAAAGGGAAAGAAGAUCAUUUCUGCAUCCAAAGAACUCUGGCUUUUGCUGGGGUGGGGGUGGGGGCUAGGAAGGAAGAAGCCUCAGACCAGCCACUUCUUGCUUCUAGAGUCUGGUGGGACCAUGGCCCUAACUGGGUCAAGUCCUCCCUGCCCUGAAGCCAGGGAUAGGCAGCAAAGUUGUCCUUUGGACUCUAGCUUCUUUCAUCUAUUUUCGAGCUAGAGCCCUGACCACUAAGUACUAGGUUCUUCUCAUCUUUGAUUUUUCUUUAGGUUUCCAAGUGCUGUCGGUCCUUCC